AUGGUCGGACAAGAGUUCAAUGAUGUGAAAGUCAACGUGAGCGUCAAAGUUGCUACAAUCAUCUGUGGGGUGGGAUUAUUAGCAAUCGCAAUCCAAAAACUUGCUUCCUUUAAUAUCAUCGAUGUACGUGACUUUUUCCUGACACUUUACUAUUUCAUUUUUGCUUUUAUUUCAAUAUGCUCAGAAUUGCCUUACAAAAAGCUUUUGAUGCCUUUUUACUUCUUAAGGUACUGUUUUGGCAAAGGCGCUUUCUUUUUAUUUGUUGCGACUAUAAUUUUUGACUGGCGCUAUUGGUGGUUUAUCCUUAUGGCUGUUCUCUAUUUUAUUACAGCCUGUGGGUAUUUUGUGCUUGCGCUUGGGUUUAAAGAAAAACUUGUAGACAAGACAGAUGAAACUGAAGAGAAAGAAGCUGGGCAGACACUAGAGCAUGCAGGAUUUCAGCCAGUCACGAUUGAUCGUCCACAAGAAGACAAGCCAAAAGAGUAA